AUGGAACGUCCAUGGUGGGAGCCCCUCCCCAUCGCCCUCGAACCCCACAACCCCUCCUGGGCCACCGAAUUCAACACCGCCGCACAAAUGCUCCGCACCCUGCUCUCUGGCCUCCCCAUCACAUCCAUCGAGCACAUCGGCUCAACCGCCAUCCCCGACCUGCUCGCCAAACCCAUCCUCGACAUCGACAUCGUGAUCUCGGGCCCCGACUUCCCGGCUAUCCUGCAGCGCAUGAAGGAAGGCGGGUACACGCACCUGGGCGAAUGCCAUUUACCGGGUCGUCACGCGUUCUGGCAACCGGGUGCGAAUGCGAAGACUGGGGAGCCGACGAGGUGGGUCGAGGUUGAGGGCGUGGGAAGUGUGAGGGAGAGGAGGAGGAAUACGUAUGUUUGUUUUGAGAGGAGUUUGAGUUUGAGGAAUCAUCGGGAUUUGAAGCGGGUUUUGAUGGAGGAUGAGGAGUUGAGAAAGGAGUAUGGUGAGCGGAAGUCGUAUCUGGUGCAUACGCUGCUUAUUGAUGAUGUGGAGGAGUAUUGCUUUGGGAAGAAUGCGGUGGUGCAGAAGAUUCUGAAGAAAGCUGGGUGGAGUGAUGAGGAUUUGGCGGUGGUUUGCAAGACGGGUUGGUAUCGAGUUUAGAUGAUGAGGGCGCUUAGCGAGGAAAAUAGGGGAAUAAGUGGGUCACAGGGGGAGAAUAUGAGCUUGCUUGGGACAACGUGG